AACUUCUAUCUCCGUUUGGGAGCCUUAGCGUUCAGUAUUGGUAGUGUAACACUAGACGGGUUCCAUAUCGCUUCGUAUUUUGAGACGGAUACAACUAGUACCUGUGAAUCAGCUAUCUUUACCUUGGUCUACGUUUUACAUCUUAUUUUUACCUUCGUCCAGACUUUCUUCUUGUUCAAGAAUCACAAGUUGGUGAUUGACAAACACAAGGCCGCUGUACGAUUUGGUUUGAUGCAUCUCUUAGCAACCAAUAUUUGUGUCUGGUUAGUGACGGCUGUCAUGGAAACAGCAGAAGACUUUCAUCAGCUCCAUUAUCAAGCCAAUAUGGCGCUUAUUAAAAACACACAUAUUGGAAAUAGAAACGUUUGGUCGCUUCCAUGUUUAAAUAAAAGUAACCAUCUUGUUGUCUCCUUUUCAGCCUCCGCAUUGAAGAGUUGUUAUGAAGACAUGACGUUAGCUAGAACAGCCAGUCCCUAUUUGUUCCCUUGUACCAUCAUCUACAGCAUCAUAGCUGCAGGGGUCAUCUACCGCAUGUACCGUUACGUCGGCGUCAGGGUCAAACAACGAUGGCCAAGCCACACCUCUCUCACCAGCUCUGUUCCUCAGGGUGCAGCAAGUAUGGAUUGUGAGAAAGCUAACAAGGGUCUUUUCUCUGGUUUGUUGGUAGCUGUUGUCACUAUGAUCGCCAUUGCUACGUUCUUCGUCUUCGAGAGCAGAUUGUCCGAUCCCACGACUGCUGUUCAGGUUUUCUACGUCAUGGAGCUCACGCUGUUGGUCCUAAUUGGGUCCUGCAUCGUCUUCGGCCACCUGAAACUGACCCAGCUAAAGUUUCAGGAGAAUUAUCUGAUUUCUCUCGAUUCCGUACUCCUGGUCGUGGCUUUAGGAGGUUCCUACAUCUAUCUUUGCUUUAUGCUCAUCUCGGCGGCAUCCAUGAUUCAGUUGGAAGGCAUUGCCAGUAUCUUAUGCUUAGUUUGUAUUGUCGUGGCUCUGUUACAGAGUACUCUACAGGCAGUGUUUAUUUUAGAUGGACUCUGUCGAUGCUCUGCUAACGAUAAUCAGGUCGAACGAAAACCCGGACGCGCCAUGGUCACGUUCUUGCUCGUCUGUAACAUGGCGUUAUGGGUGGUCAGUAUGUUCGAGAUUAAAAAGACAAUGGUAGUCCCGUUCCACCAGAAUUUUUACGGAAUUUUGUCUUGGAACAUCAUGCUCCAUGUCUGUGUUCCCCUUUUCAUCUUCUAUCGCUUCCAUUCGGCUAUUUGUCUGUCCAAAAUAUGGUACCAAGCCUAUCAG